AUGAAGCUGCUCACCCACAACCUGCUGAGCUUACAUGUGCGGGGAGUGGGGCCCCGUGGCUUCCCACUGCGCCUCCAGGCCACCGAGGUCUGCAUCAACCCCGUGGAGUUCAACCCUGACAUCCUGAUGCACAUGAUACCCAAGGUGGAGUGGGUGGCACUUCUGGAGGCGGCAGAUCCCUUGAAUCUGGUUGAGGUGACCAAAGGGCUGAUUGAAGGGCAUGAGCAUGAUGAGAACCUCCUGAGGCAGAUGCACCAUGUGCUGUUGGAGGUGGAUGUGCUAGAGGGCACCUUGCAGUGCCCAGAGUCUGGACGUCUGUUCCCCAUCAGUCACGGGAUCCCCAACAUGCUGCUGAGUGAUGAGGAAACCGAGACUUAA